AAAUGAAGGGAAGGUGUAAUCGUAAGAUAAUGUUGUAUAAUCUAAAGUUAGAAUAAGAAUUUGAUUUUUAUUUAAGACAGAAUUAAGAGAUUUUAGGGAGAAUCUUGAUUUUCAAGACAAAAGGUGAAACGCGUUGGAGUUCAAUAUUUCCAGAAACUAAUUACUCAUCGUCAUCAAGAUCAAGAAGGGAAUCGAAUUCCAAAAUCAGUAACGAAGCAAAUUGAACCAAGUUUUCAAAAGAAUGGUUGCUCGAAGAUUCGCCGUCAGUCAUAACGACUCUACCUUCGACGUAGACUACGACACUGAUGAUGGCUUCGAAGUCCUCUUCUUCCACAUCCUCUCAUUCUCUCUUCAGAUCCAUCUUCCGUUUCAUUUACAAACUUUUUCUUCUUCUUUCUUCGUUUUUCCAGGUUUUGAAGUACCAGCUUUUCUCACUCACUUCUGUUCCGCCCGAUCAACAAAAGAUAGUGGGAAGAGAUGAUCAAAUUGUAUCCGACGAGUCUGAUCUCGCUUCAAUAUCGGAUAAGCUUCGGUUGGUAUCAAUUGAUGGAGUUGAGGAGGAAAUAGCAGCCGAGGAGAAAGAGAAGUUAGAAAAACUGGCAAUGUCGGAUGAAGAGUUGGCUCGCCUUAUUCAGGCAGAAGAAGAAGCUCUUAUGAUGCAGCAAUUUGUUUCUAGUGAAAAUAAGGAGCAAGUUGAACAGAGGAUACGGCCAUAUGUUGAUCAAGUUCAAAUGUAUGAAGAUCCGCAUCGGCAAGAGAUGGCUCGAAAGACGGUGCCUGUGGACAACCUUGAGGAGAAAGCAUUGAUUUCUUUGGGAAGGGAGGGAAACUACAAACCAACAAAAGUUGAACAAGAUAAUGCUUUCCUACUACAGCUGCUAUUCUGGUUUAAGCAGUCAUUUAGGUGGGUGAAUGCUCCUCCUUGUGAUAGCUGUGGUAAUGAAACCAGAAGUCAAGGCAUGGGGGUUGCAAAUUCCUCUGAAACACUUUAUGGUGCUUCUCGAGUUGAACUUUAUUGGUGCAAUUCGUGUUCCAAUAUCACCCGUUUCCCAAGAUACAAUGACCCAUUGAAGCUUCUAGAGACGAGAAAGGGGCGGUGCGGGGAGUGGGCCAACUGCUUCACACUCUAUUGUAGGGCUUUUGGUUAUGAUUCUCGUUUUAUUUUGGACUUCACAGAUCAUGUCUGGACAGAGUGCUUUUCACCCUCUCUGGGAAGAUGGAUGCAUCUUGAUCCUUGUGAAGGAAUAUAUGACAAUCCUCUAUUAUAUGAGAAGGGAUGGAAAAAAAGUUUGAACUAUGUGUUUGCUAUUGCAAAAGAUGGCGUGCAUGAUGUCACUAAGCGUUACACCAAGAAGUGGCCUAAGGUUCUUUCUCGGCGAAACAUCAUUUCAGAGCCUUCUCUUGCAGCUGUUCUCUCUGAUAUAACUAGAGAACUGCGGAAAACAUUAUCUGCUGAAGUGAUCUCAGCACUGGAAGAACGGGACAGGACCGAAAUGGAUGUCAUUGAGCAAGAAUUGUAUUGUAAAGAUGACGCUUCAGUCUCAUUACCUGGAAGACUGAGCGGAGACAAGGAGUGGCGCAUAGCAAGAUCGGAAUUUGUCUCUGAUGAAAAGAACUCUCUAAGCUCUUCAUCUUGCCCAGUUCGCAGAUGCAUAGAUGAUCAUGUCACAAAGAUCUACAGUGCCUUUUCUCCUGUUCUUUCGAAGUUAAUAGAGUACUCACCCUCUAAAAAAACAGCUGCUGAAAUUCUUGAGAUUUUCAGAAAGAUUUUAAUUGAUCUAAAGAAUUCACCUUUCAGAACCAGGAGAACCUCUGUGAAAUCAGUUUCAAGUAGUUCUGGUGAUAUUUUCAGUAAGAUGUUGGCAUCUUUCGACCAGUUACUCGAUGCUCUUUCUUUAAAGAGUGAGUUAGGUGUUAAUGGGAGUAUUGAUAUAUGUUUAGCUUCUGAUCCUGUUAAAACUUCUGUUGCUCUGCCUGUCGUGUUCCAUGCGCUAGAUGAUGUGAUUUACAAUAUUGGACAAUAUACUAGACUAGACAGCAGGUCCCUCUCUUGGCCACUGCUUAAGUUGAAUAGAUUAUGUUCUGGUCUAGUCCUUGCAAGUGAGGAGGAGCUUCCUUUUGGAAUUGCUACAUGUGCAUUUGAUGGAACACGGAUGUCAAAGUGGGAAGAACCAAAUGGUGCAGCAGGUUGUUGGAUCAUAUAUCAAGUAGCUGGUAACCAGAUGGUUGAGCUUGUGACAUAUGAGUUAAUGUCUGCUAAUGAUGCUCCAGAGAGAGAUCCAAAAGACUGGGUGCUAGAAGGAAGUGAAAAUGGAGGUUCCAGUUGGCAUCUCUUGGAUAAACGAACUUCCCAGAUGUUUGACAAACGUUUCCAAAGAAAAACAUUUACAGUCAGUUCAUCCGGCUAUUUGGCAAAUGCAUUCAGGUUUAGGUUUCUAGCAGUUCGAGACAGGAAUGCAACGUCAAGGUUUCAGAUUGGCAGCAUUGACCUCUUUGCAGGUAGCAGUUAAUGUCCCUAAACCAUAUUACAAACUUCCCCUUUCUCUGGCUUAGGCUUCAAAUCAAAGCUGAGUUGGAAGUUUCGCCAGUUGACCUAUUUCUAUGUUGUAUCAUUUUUAUCAACAGUUGUUGUUUGCACAUUCUUUGAGCAAUGUAAAAUUGUCAACCUUUAACAUAAUCGUUUUCUUUUCCCUUUCCAUUUUACUUUUUCUUA